AUGGCGUUUUCGUCGUCCUCGUCGUUGUUGUCCAAAUCAAAUGUAGUCAAAAAAAGAAGCCCCCUGAGAGGGAAAACCUGUAUUGCGAUGGCUGGGAAGCCGUUCGAAGUGCCGAAGAAAUACACGAAAGUACAACCAAUGGGAGGACGAGUUUUGAUUAAAAUCGCGGAGACGGAAAGAGAAACGAAAGGGGGCGUUUUGUUGACCGAAGGGAGUCAACAGAAACCAACGAGUGGUGACGUGGAAGCGAUCGGCGACGACGUCCACGGCGUCAAACCGGGCCAAACCGUCUUGUACAACAAAUUCGGCAUCGGUGCGGACGAUAUGAUUCUCAACAACGAGGAAUUUACCAUGCUUCGCGAACUCGACUUGAUAGGCACGUUUCCGAGAUCCAACGCGAGCGUAGACGACAUUCCAAACUUGGAACCCUUAGGAGACCGCUUGAUUUUGACGUUGAAAGACGCGGAAAUGCAAACCAAAGGUGGAAUUUUGUUAACCAGCGGAAGUCAAGAAAAGCCGGUGCAAGGCACGGUUUCCAAAGUCGGCCCGGGCGCCUGGGACGAGGAGAAGAAAGCGCUCAAGCCGAUGAACGUGAAAGUCGGCCAGGAGGUUGUGUAUUUCAAAUACGCCGGGGAUCAGAUGCAAGACGGGGAGGGGAAGAAGUACGUCGUCUUGCACGAGUCCGACGUGUUAGCCGUCUUGGAUUAA